AUGGAAAUCAAACCGCCUCGACUCGGUUCACCUGUGUCCGUAGCUCCCUGUCAUGGCAAUGGUGCUGGGCAGGUCUUUGCCAUCACUGGUCGCGGUGAGAUUACUUCCUCGACUGGCUGUCUCCAGGCUCAACGUCGCAAAGAAGUCCUUUAUAGUAAGGAAUGCACCGGUGCUGGAGGCAUUCAGGAAUUUCGAUAUGAUAGUGAGAGUAACCGCCUCCGCCAUGUCAAAAGCCAGCUCUGUAUCCGGUUUUCUGCUCUCGGUCAAGAUCAACAGGUCUUCCUCGGUGAGUUCUCUUUGCACUGCUACCUGGUUUUGGGGAUUUAG